CGUUGUUGUGUGCUCUGGUCGCCACUUUCAAUCCGCACCAGAAAGAAACCAUGGCCCCCACCAAAGCCACGACCAAGACGACCAAGGCUGUGACGAAGACGCCUGCCAAGGCCAAGUCCAACAACGUGCUUGUGCCCGAAUCCAUCCUCAAGAAGCGCCGCACUCUUGAAGUGGUCAAGGCCAAGAAGGCCGAAGCUGUCGUCGCCGCCAAGAAGCAUGCCCUCAAGGUCAAGCAAAUCGCGUUCAAGUCUGCCGAAAAGUACGUCAAGGAAUACCGCAGCAUUGAAAAGCAAAACGUGCUGCUCCGCCGCCAAGCCAAGGCUGCCGGUAACUUUUACGUGCCUGCUGAAGCCAAGGUCGCGUUCGUGGUGCGCAUUCGCGGUAUCAUUGGCGUGUCCCCCAAGGUCCGCAAGAUCCUGAAGUUGUUCCGCUUGACGCAAAUCCAAAACGGCGUGUUCGUCAAGCUCAACAAGGCUACAAUCAACAUGUUGCGCCUCGUGGAGCCUUUUAUCGCGUACGGCUACCCCAACUUGAAGUCGACCCGCGAAUUGAUCUACAAGCGUGGCUUUGGCAAGAUCAACAAGCAGCGCAUUGCUUUGACCGACAACUCGUUGGUGGAAAAGGUCUUGGGCAAGUUCGGCAUCAUCUGUAUGGAAGACUUGAUCCACGAAGUGUUCACGUGCGGCCCCCACUUCAAGGAAGCUGCCAACUUUUUGUGGCCCUUCCAAUUGUCGUCGCCCAACGGUGGCUACACCCAAAAGUUGUUGCACUUCGCUGAAGGCGGUGACCACGGCAACCGCGGCGAGGAAAUCAACAAGUUCAUCAAGCAAAUCUUGUAAGGAGCUUGUCCUCAACGUGUGGGGCAGUUAAGUUUUCAAUGCAAACCCCAUUGGUGCGAUAAAAGGAGGACUUCUUCUCGAG